CUUUGUUAGGGGUACCAUGACUUCCGGCCGGGGCGGAAGAGAACCUAAUGGGCUUGGGGGAGGUGCCUGAAUGGGGUUUAAGGGUCUGUUUGAGUUGGGUGAAGAAGGCGGGAAAUUAAUCCUCUUCCAAUCAGCUCCCCAUCUCGCCCUCUGGCGGCUCCGGACCACAGGCCGUUACUGUGAUUACCGGCAUGCUCCAAGACCGGCACUGACAGUCCCCACGUGAGGGACCGCGGUGGGAGUCCUAAAUGGGGGAGGAGGGGACGGGUGGCACCGUUCAUCUGCUGUGCCUCGCGGCGUCCAGCGGGGUUCCCCUGUUCUGCAGGAGCAGUCGCGGCGGCGCCCCCGCCCGUCAGCAGCUCCCGUUCUCUGUCAUCGGUUCCCUCAAUGGAGUCCAUAUGUUUGGGCAGAAUCUGGAGGUGCAGCUGAGCUCUGCGAAGACCGACAACACGACUGUGGUGUGGAAAAGCUUCCAUGACAGCAUUACCCUCAUUGUUCUGUCAUCUGAGGAGGGCAUCUCUGAGCUGAGGCUGGAGAGACUACUCCAAAUGGUGUUUGGAGCCAUGGUCCUUCUUGUGGGACUUGAAGAACUGACCAAUAUCCGCAAUGUGGAGAGACUGAAGAAGGACUUGAGGGCCAGCUACUGCCUCAUCGACAGCUUCCUAGGGGACUCGGAGCUCAUCGGGGACCUGACCCAGUGUGUGGACUGUGUGAUUCCUCCAGAGGGGUCCCUCUUGCAGGAAGCCCUCUCCGGGUUCGCGGAGGCCACGGGCACGGCAUUCGUCAGUCUGGUGGUGUCGGGCCGGGUGGUGGCAGCAACGGAAGGUUGGUGGCGGCUGGGGACGCCCGAGGCCGUGCUGCUCCCCUGGCUGGUGGGGUCCCUGCCGCCGCAGACCGCUCGCGACUACCCGGUGUACCUGCCGCACGGGAGCCCCACGGUCCCACACCGGCUCCUGACCCUGACACUGCUGCCGAGCCUGGAGCUGUGUCUACUCUGCGGGCCAAGCCCACCCCUCAGCCAGUUGUAUCCACAGCUUCUGGAGCGCUGCUGGCAGCCACUGCUGGACCCGUUGCGGGCCUGUCUGCCGCUGGGACCCCGAGCGCUGCCCAGUGGCUUCCCCCUUCACACAGACAUCCUCGGGCUGCUGCUCCUCCACCUGGAACUGAAACGCUGCCUCUUCACCGUGGAGCCCUUGGGGGAUAAAGCAGAGCCUUCACCAGAACAGCGCCGGCGCCUCCUCCGAAACUUCUAUACCCUGGUCACCUCCACGCACUUCCCACCAGAGCCAGGGCCACCAGGGAAGACAGAAGAUGAGGUCUACCAGGCCCAGCUGCCCAGAGCCUGCUACCUGGUGUUGGGGACUGAGGAACCAGGCAAAGGAGUGCGUCUGGUGGCCCUGCAGCUGGGGGUUCGGCGGCUGCUGCUGCUGCUGUCUCCCCAGAGUCCCAGCCAUGGGCUGCGAAGCCUAGCCACCCACACUCUGCAUGCCCUCACCCCACUUCUUUGACUACCUAGCAGUGGGUGAUGGACACAGACAUGGGGCUGUUAGCGUCUCUCUGUUUAUUCGCUCACAAUAAUACACAGCCCCUGGAUGGGGAGGGGGUAGGAGGGGCUACAACAGGGUGGGGUGGGAGGGGAGGAGGCAUCCACUUUCCUUGCCCCUCUCCCCUCUGUGCUUGGGAGGGGGGAAGGGAGGGAGGGGGCUCCCCCUAACCCCCAGAAUGUAAACAGCAGCAGAUGAACAACAAUAAACAUACAAAAGGCCGGAGGAAGGUCCCAGGCAUCCCCCAA